AUAUGAAGUAAUUGUCUUUCACAAUGCAAUGCUCACAAUACUUUUGAUAUGCUUCUCAUCUGAUUUGUGUAAAUACAUUUGACCAACACUUAAUCCAACUGAUCUUAAUGGUUAAUCACUUAACCAUUUGGUAAACCUAUAUAUUUCCAUUUCAGCAAUACAGUAUAUGGAUUUUGAGAACUAUAGAAAUAAAAUAUGUGUUUGUAAGAACAUAUAAAAUAACCACACCUGAUGAGAACUCGUUAUUGCUAAUUGAUUUCAGAUGGGGUAACCACAAUUGGUCAUUAGAUAUAAGUGAGGGUCUGAACACUGGCAAUUUCUUUCAACAUGGACCAGGAUAGACAGCAAGGAAUUGGAAGAGCUCGUGGACGAGGGAUCCAUCAGAGAGGUGGGCAUGGGGCCCAUCAAAGGGUUGGUCAUCGGAGAGGGGGAGGCAGAACUGUUGUCUCUAAUGAAGUCCGGGCCAUCGUCGUUGAUCAUGUGGUGAACCGAGGCCUUACUAUGGCAGAAGCUGCCAGAUUAGUUGAGCCAAAUCUAAAAAGAUCAACUGUCAAUUCUAUCAUCCGAACCUUUCGCCAAGAAAACCGAAUUAACAGAAAACCCCAUAGUGGUGGUCGUGGCCGUGUGCUGACCGACCAGCAAGAGUUGGCAGUGGUGGAAAUGGUGAGGGCCAGGAAUGAUAUACGGCUGUCAGAAAUAAAGCAGGAAAUUGAGGAGAACAAUGACACCUUUGCCAAUGUGGCAUCCAUCAGCCUACCAACAGUAGCCCGCCUUUUAAAGCGGCACCAGGUAUCAAUGAAACACAUUUACCUGGUGCCUUUUGAGAGAAACAAUGACCGGGUGAAACAACUAAGGGCUGAGUAUGUUCAGAGGGUUAUGGUGCUUGACGCUGAUGUGAACCAUCACAAGUACGUUUUUGUUGAUGAAGCGGGCUUUAACCUUGCCAAAACUCGUCGCCGUGGACGUAACAUUAUCGGCCAACGGGCCACUGUCCAAGUGCCUGGACAACUACUAUAG